CGCCGCCGCCGCCGCCGCCGCCGCCUCGGUGCAGCGAGAGGGGCGGAAAGAGGCAGGCGGGGGCAGAGGGGGGCAGAGCAUGUCCGCCGCCCGCCCGCCCGCCUCUGCCGUGCGCACCCGCCGCCGCACCGGCGGCUUCAUGAAGUAGCGCGCGGGGCGGGGGCGGGGGAGCGGCGCGGAGACCCCGGCGAGCCCCGGGGCGCCAGGCAUGGCCAGCUCGUGUGCAAGGAUCCACCUUAUAAAGUUGAAGAGUCUGGGUAUGCUGGUUUUAUUUUGCCAAUUGAGGUUUACUUCAAAAACAAGACUUUGGCUGCCUUUGACUGUGGAGGCCUGCAAGUCUCAGGAGUUGCCCAGCAGGAGUUGUGGCUUAUACUGAAAUCCAGAGGGCGCCAUUGAUUACAACUCACCUCACCCUCAAGCAGCAUGUGGAAUUAGGAAGUUGCAAAUACUCCUCACCCUAUUUUGGUGUCAUGGAAUACAACCAGCAGCAGUCGGACUGUGAAUCAGCUAGCUCUUCAUGCAGCUGCCAACCCUUUUCUGGGGAAGAACCUAAGAAAGUUCGAUUUGACUAUGACUUAUUCCUGCACCUUGAAGGCCACCCACCUGUAAAUCACCUCCGCUGUGAAAAGCUCACAUUCAACAACCCGACAGAGGAAUUCAGAAGAAAGCUGCUAAAGGCAGGAGGGAUCAUGGUAAUGUCAGAUGGCACAUCAGUCCCUUCAGGACAAAGCCUUCAUCUUCCCAACCUGCCCAGUAACUCCCUGUCUUUUUCUGAAGUGAAGAAGAAGUCAUCUCAUGGGCCAAAGGACCUAACUAAGAUUAUGAAUACAAGUAGUGGCAGCAGCAGUAGUAACAGUUUUUCAAAGCCCCAUAAGUUAAUAAAGGAGCACAAGGAAAAAACUUCUAAAGACUCAAAAGAACAUAAAAGUGCCUUCAAAGAACCUUCCAGGGAACAUAACAAAUCUUCCAAAGAAUCCUCUAAGAAACCCAAAGAAAACAAACCACUAAAAGAUGAAAAAAUAGUUCCUAAGAUGGCUUUCAAGGAACCCAAACCCAUGUCCAAGGAGCCAAAAUCUGAAAACACUCCCAUCCUUACCGUAACUGGUGGACAGCAGCAGGAAAAGAAGGCCCCUACGAAAAGGCCCUCUGUUGUGGAUUCUGAUGAACUUUCUUGCAAAAAAAGAAAAAAAAGUAGCUCAGAGUCUUUAUUUAAAAGUUUUUCUAGUGCUCCACCACUGAUUCUUACUUGUUCAGCUGACAAAAAACAAACGAAGGAUAGAUCUCAACUCAAAAUGGGGAAAGUCAAAGUAGAAAAUGAUACACUGGAAAAAAAGACAUCUACUCUUCCACCUUUUGAUGAUAUUGUGGAUCCUAAUGAUUCUGACACAGAGGAAAACAUAUCCUCCAAAUCUGAAUCUGAACAACCCAGUCCUGCCAGUUCCAGCUCCAGUUCCUGCUCCAGUUUUACACCAGCUCAGAACAGCAAACAACAAGGUCCAUUACGAUCUAUAAUGAAAGAUCUGCAUUCAGAUGAUAAUGAAGAUGAAUCAGAUGAAGCAGAUGAGAACGACAAUGAUUCUGAGUUGGAGAGACCUGUAAAUACAUGUGGAGGAAACAGAAGUCGCAGGGUUAGUCUAAGUGAUGGCAGUGACAGUGACAGUAGUUCAGCUUCUUCAUCGCUACAUCAUGAACCACCACCACCUUUACUGAAAACCAACAACAACCAGAUUUUAGAAGUCAGAAGUCCAAUAAAGCAAAACAAAUCUGACAAACAAAUAAGGAAUGGCGAUUGUGAUAAGGCAUAUCUUGAUGAACUAGUAGAGCUCCACAGAAGAUUAAUGACAUUGAGAGAGAGACAUGUACUACAGCAGAUAGUAAAUCUGAUAGAAGAGACUGGACACUUUCAUAUCACAAAUACCACCUUUGACUUUGACCUUUGCUCACUGGACAAAACCACAGUCCGUAAACUACAGAGUUAUCUGGAAACAUCUGGAACCUCUUGAGGAUUCAGCAAAUGGCUAUAUCAAAAACUGUUUUUAGGUGAAACAUUCAGAAUGAUGCAACCGAAAUGAGGGAAAACAAGCCAACCCUCUUUAGCUUUAUUUUAACUUAAAGCCAGUCAUCAUCUCUUGAUAAAGAAGAGGAAAAGUGACAAGACUCAGAGGACCACUCUUCUCAAGAACGUUCUGGAAGAGUUAGCCUGGAUAGCCUUGAAAAACAAACACACACAAGAAGACAAACAAAAAAAACUGUUCUUAAUGAAUGUGUAUGGUAUCAUGUAUCUCUCUCUGUGGUGUUCCAGUCCACAAGAUGAAUGCAUGUUCAACACACUGCCUUAUUAUAUAACUGAUCUAUUUAUUAUUACAUAAAUAUAUUCUGCAGUCAUUGAGUUGUUGAGUUACACUACCAGAUGUUGCAAGUACUAAGGUCCCGUAUAUGCUCCUUUGAUCCAGUACCAUUGCCAUCACAAGCCUGGUACCUUUAGUCAUGUUAAAAUACCAUUUCUUGCUAACUUUCCAUAGUCUCUUAAAACACUGUAAUCUUGUUUCCACUUCUGCAGUUCCAGGAAACAAGGUACAAAGUGGGGGACCAAAAAGUGGCCCUAAUUUUUGUUAAGUCUGCGACAGUAGGUUGGGCCACAGCAUGUUGAACCAUAGGUCUUUGGCUUUACUUGUUUAUUGAUCUUGGAUCAUGGUGAAAAAUGCACCAAAUAGGAUCAUAUGACUUGCUGUCUAGCCUAAAUCAAUAAACUAGUAGGACUUUUAACAAAAAAGAAAAGUUACUGUAUACUGCCCUGAAUUCAGCACCAUUUGUCAUCAUUCUUUUGUCUGUUUUAAUGUUAUAAUAUUAUAUAUAAAAGUGAAAAUGUUUUUCAGGAUCAUCAUAAAUGGAGGAAUACUGGUCCUGUUUUCUAAGGAAAUGUUGUAGAAAAUUCUUGAUUUGGAGUUAUUUAUUACUAUGAAUUUCAACACUCUGUUGCUGCCAGUGUGUGACUCACUUCCAUAAAGCUAUCAGCAUACCUUUUUUUGUUUGCUCGUAUAGUAUAUGGUCUACUUAGUCUGGUUUGUCUUUUCUUUUUUCUUUUUUUUUUUUUAAUAUCUGAUAAAUUAAAACCUUUCUUUGAAAAAAAAAGUUCGUUGAUACACAGUUACAAGUUGAAAUGCAUACAUAUGUACAUAUAUAUGUGUACGUGUAUGUACAUAUAUAUCUAUAUAUAUACACACACGCAUGUAUAUAUGUAGAUAUACAUUUGUGUGUCUGCGUGUGUCUUUUAAACUUUUCGGAUUUUGGUAUCCGUUCAGUAACCUUUCAUUUCCAGAAGAAUUUCUUAUUUAUACAAAUGAGUAUUCUUUCAUAUUAUCUGUUAUUCCUUUAAAAUCAGAAUCCUUCUUGUAUAUAUAAAUGAAAGGAUAUGUAAUCACACAUGUGCUCUCAUAUUGUUGAUGGUUUUUUCCUGAAGUCAUCAUCUUCCUGGUAGCAGUUCAAACCCCCAGUGAAAAGAGAAAGGAAUUAAGAAAUACUUCUGGAUCCAAAGGUUUAUUCAGGUUUAUUAGCCUUAAAAAUAUAUAUUUUAUUUCUAGACUGGCCAGUAUGUCACGUGUAUGCUUAUAUGCCACAUGUAGUGUAUAUGUGUAGAGCUCAACAGUAGUAUCUAUAUGAUUUAUUAUUUCAUGCACAGAGUUUGUGCAGCACUGUAAAAUUAAAUUGCUGUUGAGGUUAUUUUUUAUUCAGAUGGUAAAUCUUAACACUGUUUCUUUAAGUCCAAAGAAAAUUUUACACUUUUCAAGACGGGGAUAAGGGUUGGGUUUGGGAGGCUAUUUUUCUUAUUUAAAAUGUUGUUUGACCACAGUCCAUAGGAAGUCUGUCUCAGGCUUCCAAAGAACAAGUGUACUUUUUUCAGUAAUGUUAUGACUCUUAUUGAUGAUUGGCAUGAAGCAUACUUGAAGCAUUAUGUUGUUCUUCUAAGUCCAUGUCUCAAUGUGCAAUUGAUGGGGGUGGGAGGAGUGUCUUUUAAAGUUACUUUUGACAUCAGGCAGAUGGUGAUGGGGAAGGAGGGCUUGCAUGUGAAAGGGAUUCACUUCAAUUUUUAUCAACAUUUUAUAUGAAAAAAUUUGGAAUUCUAAAAGCAAUCUUAAAAACUUUUGAUCUAUUAGUGUAUAUUCAGCUUGCUGUCUUACAGUUGUGCUAGAUACAUGUGGAAUUUUGUCAUUUUGACAUUUCUAACUAAAUUUCGUGGUAAAACCUCUGACCUUCAGGAGGGCAAGGAUCUCUUGAUACUUUAUAAUAGUCUGAAUGUUGAAUAUUCCACUACUUUUUAGAAACAGUGAAAUAAGUCACUUUAUAAAAUGCUAGAUAAGUUUUGUUGUUCUUUGUGAAUGGGGCGAUGGGAAAACAGGAAGUAGGGAAAUGAGCUUAAAAGGAAGAUGGUAGCAAUUACUAUACGAAGUUACUUCUAAAUUUCCUACAAAUCCUGGAGCAUCCUUAAAAUCUUAAAUUUUAUAAUUUGAUGAAGUUGGGAGAGGGAAGAAAAAAUAUAGACUUGCAGGAGUGUGCGAGUGUGUGUGUUUUCCACAAAAUUCUGAUAGAAUAAGAGUUAUUUAAGUGUUGAUCUCAUUUUAAAAAAUAGCUAUUUUCAUCUAAUUUUGUAUGCAGAAACAAAAUAAAUCCUUCUUCAAUUUGA